UCAGGGAGCAAGACCGCAUCCCACUCUUGCCCACCCCUCCAGGCGGUCUCAGAAACGGCCGGCAGGAUCGCGAGACUGUUGCAUGCGGAUGCGUGGUUGCGUGGCCGGCGGCGUGUUUGGGAGCGAUUCAUGACAGCAGCAGCAUAAACACACGCGAACAACACCUCCCAAUGUAACCACAACACACGACAGUCGGUAUUGUGCAGCCAUGGCUACACCUCUGCAUAAUUCUCCACUGGCCAAUGAGACGGCGAAAGAAGAUGGCACUCCUCCUGGCCUUCGACUCGAAGCACCUGCAUCGGUGACACAGCGCUCGCGCAGGUUGCAGCUUCGCAAUGCCGGCUUUCGGGGGCCUGCCGUGAGGAAAAUCACGCCCAAGUCCUUGCCGGCCAUGCCCACGACUGCCCCUGACCUAUCGCCAUUGUUCACGAAGCAGUCGCAGUCGCAGGCUUCAGAUGCAGAAAAUGUAUCUCCGUCCGGAACACGCGCACGCGACACCUGCGGUCUUAUCAAUCACGACUCUGCCGGAGUCCUGCAAGACAUUGGGAAUGCAGCCGAUGGCGCUGGCACCCUGCGAGCAAAGCGAGUGAGACAGCGAGUGACUUCCACCAACUUCUACACACCCGACGUCAAGCACGGCACCUUUGGCGAACACCUGGGCUCUUCACCUCCGAACACAAUUGUGCAGUCAAAUCCCAAGUCACGCUCCAUCAGAACACGAGUCUCCAAGAUGUCAACCCGGCCGCGGCGAUCCAUUAGUGCAGAGACCCGUCGCUACGUUGAUCAUCUCGAAGAGGAGCUCAGCGCUGCGCAGGCGCAGCUGCAAGCAGUCAACUCUCCGAGUGUGACCCGAGAGCAAUCGUCCAAUAUGCGGCACUUGAAGGCAGAAGUAGCUCGACUUCGAGAUGAAAUUGAUGAAUGGGAGACACAGUUCGACAAUCGUCUGCACGAAGAAGUUUCCAAGUCCCACAAAGCAGAGCAAAGCCUGAGGGCUCAGCUGCGAUCCGUCGAGGAGGAAUGCGAGAUUUCCAAAUACCGGAUCCAUGAGCUUGAAAGCCAGCUGCGUACCACGACAGAGGCGCUCGAUGCCACAGAGACUGCCAAUGUGAACAUGGAGAGAAGGAUUGAAUUCUUCUCCGAUCUCAUCGCCAGCUCGCCCACGAAGCUCGAUCUGCACGCUCAGACACCCGGUCGGCCUGGCCAUUCGAGACUACCAUCCAUACUGCCACGUUUGCCAACUGCGACUUCUCUAUGCAGAUCACCGGAGCGUCAAUCUUUCACUCGGCCAACAUCUCCAAUGCAAACCCGCUUUAGUCCAGGGCAGCCGAUCUCCCCGCACAACGCGAUGUUCUCCCCCGACAUCCCGUCCUCAGAUGAGGAUUUCAAUCAGUCUGAGCUUUCCGGUUUUGCCAGUAACAACUCCCAGCAGCCCAACGCAAAGAGACCAAUGCGGAGAAUGCGUCGAUUCGGUGCUGGUAGUCUAGGACCUAAACCGCUCAUUCUACCAUCAACAACACACUGCGAGCACGUUCCAGCUUCAGCACCGCCGUUCGACAGGGGCGAAUAUCCGUACGAUGCGGCAUUCGACAUGCAUGCGGAAGAUGCCUGCUUGGAACCAAGAAGCCCAGAAGUGUAUCGCCGUAGGACUGUGAGCAAGACGAGCAGCACUGGCUCGCCUGUGCAUCUAGCUGGCUCGCCAUUUCCAGUAUAUCAGGAAUUCGCCAGCUCGCGUGGCAUUGAGGCAGGACCCAAUUCGGCCGCGCUUCGCGAGCCCAUGUCGCCUUUCCGCAGCACACAAUAUUCGGACGACGAUGACCCCCUCCUGGAUAAUUUGCUGGGAGAGCACGAUACUAUAACGAGAUCUCACGCAAAUACGAGCAACUUUGGGUCUCUUGGCUCCGCUACUGGCGCGGCUAUUGGGCGCAACCUACUAGACGAGUUGGAGGCUGCACAAACACUCUCGAGCGCAGACCACUCGUCACGUAUGUUCGAAUAUGCUGACUCUGCAGGCGUGGCUGUCGGCUCGAGUUCUAGUCCGUUCGUCUCUGAUGCCAGUGGCGAGAGGCCGAGUGAGCGCCUCGAGCGACAGCCAAAAGAACGCCUGUCCUCAGACUCAACUGCGGCACUUCCAGCGAUGCCUUGCACUCCAUCUGUAUCACGGCUCCCGCGCAGCGUCAGCAGUAAGACUCUUGGCGUGCAGUCCAUUCGAACAGUUUCGACGCUCGACUCUUUGCGAGACUUCUUCGGCGAUGUUUCGGCAUCGCCUCUCAGUGUAGCUAAGUACUUGAUUCAGAGAGCCCAGGCUCGCAUGCGGAUUCCUCGACCACUGCUGUCUAUCCAGUGGUGGCUUGUGGGAGUUCUACUUGGUCCAAUGGCCAAGAGACGGUUGAUCGCGAGGCAGACUUGCUGCACGCAGUCGAACACGUCGGAGCAGGACCUUCUGGGAGACACAGAUUCCAGCAUUGCACUUCACGAUGGGCUCGACUACGGUCAGCUGUAUCAGACGCCUCCGCCGUCAUCCUCGCCUGCCAUUGGGGCCCUUCGAAGCCGUGGCCUUGUUUCCGGCAAGGGCAAGAAGCGAGCGUCGAGCACGUCUAAGGGGCGAGCUAAGAGCUGUCAACACACCCAGCGUUGGAAGCACUCGCCACUGUUGUGGUUGAAGUUUAGCAUGACUUUGGCCGUUGCUGUUGGCAUCGCGUUCAAGGAUGGACCUAGCAGCCUCCUGAAGGAAGCGAUCUGCAAUUGCAAAACAGUGUCGAGUGGGAAUUGGAGGCAGACGAAGAGAGACGCGAUAGUGUCGCCGAAGGACGAAUGAAUAUGCUACUACGAAGAGGGCAUGCCUGACGUGGUUUGCCAGCAAUAAUGCACAGAACAGGAUUCCUGGGACUGGAUCAGCCAUAGUGGCUUGACGGCAUGAUGUAUGAAGCAAUGAAGAAUACACGA